GGGAGGGGCGCUGGGACGGCGUAGGGUGUAGGGAGCCUCCCGCCUCCAAGCCUAGCUUUGGAGCUUAGGCGCCCACAAACCUGAAACCGAAGGCCCGAGCCCUGUUUGCUUUCCUAAACAGGGGUGUUUGGAGGAGUCGGUCUCCUCCCUUGGGCUUCGCAGCCGGCUCCGGCUCAGGAAGGGACGGAGAUGACCCCGCCGGGAGAGGACGGGGCGAGCCCGGGCGGUAGCAGGUCUCUGGAGCCCCUGGCUCCACGCGCCGCUGCCUGGCCCGGUCUGCUCCCCGCUCCCCCGAGCCCUGCUUUCUCCCCUUUCCAGCCCUUACCCCCUUCUGGUCGGGAACCGCCAGAAAAUCGCGCCCAGUUCUGAGUGAGGGACAGCUGGCAAGGAAGAAGCCGGGCGGAGGGGCGUUGUGUGGCCCCCCGCUUUUUCUCUGCGGGCAUCUCAGUCCAGAGGUUGUCCAGUCUGCUUUGAACUGUUAGCGUCGUGGUCCGAGCUGCCCACCAUUCCCUCCGCCUCCGGCCACUCUGAUUUUGCCGGUCAUUAGCCGAGGGCGUUGCCCGAGGAGUGAGCACUUCUCCAUUGCUUGCUUGGACGCCCUGGAAUCCAGCAUCGGUUUUUCAGAUCCACGGCCUCGCUUCACAACCCACUUGCUGUUUGCUGGCUUGUGGUAGGAAAUCCACCGUGGAGACUGAUCAGGAAUCGUCUUGUUUUGUAAGAAUGUCGUCUUUGGGACAACUGCUGCUGCCCUUGGUGCUCCUGUCCUAGAGUUCCCGUGGGACUCGGGCCAUGGUCCAGCUGGUUCCCGCCCCCGCCAUGGAUGAAAUCACCUUCAGGAGUGACACCGUGCUGUCAGACGUCCACCUGUACACCCCCAACCACAGGCAUCUCAUGGUGCGGCUCAACGGUGUAGGGCAGCCAGUGUUCCUGUCCCAGUUCAAGCUUCUGUGGAGUCGAGACUCUCAGACAGAGCCGGGGGCUGAGAGUGGUGGUCACAGCCAUGUCCACGCAGAGGGGACCCCUCCCGGAAGUGGCUGCACUGAUGAGGGUUCCUCCCUCUCGCCUGGGGCUGGCACCACCAGCCAGGAAGGGGCAGGAGCUCAGCUGGACGAGGACGGGGAUUUGGACGUGGAGAGGAGACCACGCGCCACCUCUGAUCCCGACCCGGCAGAGCCUCCGAGAGACAAGGUACAGCCCGUGGUUCUAGCACAGGAAGAAGACGAUGGCCCGGGAGAUGAAGCUUGGGACGGCAGCGCCCUCGGUGUCAUCAGAAUAGAGCACACCAUGGCCACCCCCCUGGAGGAUGUUGGCAAGCAGGUGUGGCGGGGUGCGCUGCUCCUAGCCGACUACAUCUUAUUCCGGCGUGACCUCUUCCAGGGCCGCACUGUGCUGGAGCUGGGCGCGGGCACAGGGCUCGCCAGCGUCGUGGCAGCCACCGUGGCGCGGACCGUUUAUUGCACAGAUGUCGGUGCGGACCUCUUGUCCAUGUGCCAGCGGAACAUCGCCCUCAACAGCCACCUGGCAGCCCCUGGAGGUGGUACGGUGAAGGUCAAAGAGCUGGACUGGCUGAAGGAUGACCUCUGCACAGAUCCUGAGGUCCCGUUCAGCUGGUCAGAAGAGGACGUCUGUGACCUGUACGCUCACACCACUGUGCUGCUCGCGGCCGAAGUGUUUUACGACGAUGACUUAACUGAUGCCCUGUUUAAGACGCUGUCCCGACUCGCUCACAGAUUCCAUAACGCCUGCACGGCCAUCCUGGCGGUGGAGAAGAGGCUCAACUUCACGCUGAGGCACCUGGACGUGACGUGUGAGGCCUACGACCACUUCCGCGCCUCCCUGCAGGCGCUGCAGAGGCUCCCGGACAGCAGGCUGCGCUUCGUGGUGGAGCCCGUGGAGGCCUCCUUCCCACAGCUGCUGCUCUACGAGCGCAUCCGGCAGCUGGAGCUCUGGAAGAUCAUCGCAGAGCCCGUAACGUGACGCGGCCUCCUCCAGGCACGGCUUCUCCACGGUUCUAGUCCUGUAUUUCCGGUAAAAUCAACGCUCACCAGUCACGUGCGAGAGGCCAUCAUUUAAAAAUCACGUUCCGUGUACCUCAUGGGGCCCAAGCUGCUUCCCUGGGCCUGCCGCCCCCCCCCCCCCCCAGCUGCGGCCAGAGCGCGCCCCCGCCCUGCCCGGGCCGAGGCAGCCGCCCGGUCUCUUGUGCGUCGCGUGGUCCCUUGGAGCAGAUGUCCGAUUCCUCUCGCAUCAGCUGCUCCAGGCACGCACCUCGCUGGACGGGGCCACACAGGUGUUCCCACCUGCCCUCUGCCAGCCAUCCACCUGUGUCCGCGCCACAGCCAGUGUAACAGCACCACUGGGCACCAGAGCCUCACCUUCCUCCAGACUUGUUGUGCUCCGGCCGCCGGCCAGGAGGAGUAGGACCAGCCAGCCCUUGUCCUGGGUUUUGACUUUAACCCUUUCUAACCAAAACCAAGUGUGCUCAGCCUCGGCGUGAGGCUGCCCGGGUCUCCCUUUCGCCCUGGCUCACUCCCACCCCCCACCCCCUCUGUGAAGCACUCUGCCUCUGCCCCAGCCCACCCCUCCCUGACCUCACUCCAUGUCCUCUCCCGUCUGCCUCUCCUGUUCUCCCCUUUUCCCGCUUGGCCCUCCCUGCAGCCCCUCCCCCCACACACCCUCACCCUGCAGCAUACUGCACCAUGGGCCGACACUGCCCCUCCUUGCCUGCCCCUCGCCACCCAGGUUUCCCGCUGGCUCCUGCAGUCCCUGCUCAUGCCGGCUCCUCCUCAGGGACUAAGAAUUUGAAAGCUAAGUUCAUUUCACCCUCCCAACAAGUUGGGGAGGUCAGUUGCCUGCCUGUGCCCAUUUCACAGUUGAGAAGACUGAGGCUGCAAAAGGAAUAAAAUCUUUAUGAGGUCA